CUUCUCUUACACUCAUACUCACAAUCCAAUAUUUCAAUUUUUCCAAGCCAUUUUCUUGGUGGUGAAGAGGUCAUGGGGUUCACGUCACCGGUUAAGAUACUCGUCGGGAUUCCUUCCGACGACAUUGACGAGAGCAAGAAGCUUCUUUCUUGGGCAAUCACAGUUCUAGCUCAUCAACAUGAUUGCAUUGUUGCUACUCAUGUUCUUGUCAGCGACGAUACAAAGAAGCGUGGAUCGACAAACAUGACAAUGAAAAUUCAAUCGCAGCUUCGUCGAGCAAAAGCCUACGUCAUAUCGAUUCUCGGAGAGUUCGCCAAUAUUAGCCAAUCCAAGCAGGUAAAUUUGGAAGCCAGAGUCGGUUUUAACUCGAGCAUUGGCAGAGGUUUGACUGAAGAAGCGAAGUCGAUUUCAGCCGACCUCCUCGUUCUUCGUGGUGCGAGAAACAAGUCAAACAGAACCCCCAGCAUCGCAAGGUAUUGUUUUGAGAAUGUUCCUGAGAAAUGUACUCUGGUCUUCUUGGGAAAGCAAGAACAGUUGAAGCAAAAUUUGGAUUCUGAUUCUGAUUCUCUUCCAUCUAAAGGAGAAGAAAAAUGCGAGGGAGAUGUUUUCAGAGCUCAAAAGGCAGAGAACAAUAGGGUUCCGCCACUCGUGGUGGCAGACGAUGAGGUCGAAGCUUCCGGUGACUCCAUUUCAAACACCACCACGGAGGACGACUCCUCCACGUCAGGCGACUGCAGCACCAUCGGCUCUCCUCCGCCACUCAUUUCCCCUUUCAAAUCCCAAUCCGGUGACCGACGACAGCGACUGUCGCCAUGUAAAUUGAUAUCAUCGUUUAUUGGGUCGCCUUUUCGGAAGAGAAAUUGUAGCUUUUCUGAGAAGCAAUCGGCUCAGCCUCUGUUGAGAUGUUUCAGCUAUGAGGAGAUUUUGAAUGCUACAAAUAAUUUCCAUCCAGAUAACAUGGUAGGGCAAGGGGGGUAUUCAGAAGUUUACAAAGGAGAACUAUGUGAUGGAAAGAUGAUUGCUGUGAAGAGACUAACAAAAGACAACAAAGAUGGUAACAAGGAGAAGGAAUUUCUUAUGGAACUUGGAAUAAUUGGUCAUGUCUUUCAUCCAAACACAGCUUCUUUGGUUGGUUGUUGCAUUGAAAAUGGCCUUUAUCUCAUCUUCAACUUCUCUCAAAAUGGAAACCUUUCUUCUGCAUUGCAUGGGAAAACAAGCAAAAUUUUGGAAUGGUCAGUGAGAUACAAGAUUGCUGUGGGAAUUGCAAGAGGUUUGCACUAUCUUCAUGAAUGUUGCAAACAUCGCAUAAUCCAUAGAGAUAUCAAAGCGUCUAAUGUUCUUCUUAGCCCUGAUUAUGAACCCCAGAUAACAGACUUUGGGCUAGCAAAAUGGCUUCCAAACAAAUGGACACACCAUGCAGGCACAUUUGGGUACUUAGCACCAGAAUAUUUCAUGCAUGGUUUAGUUGAUGAAAAAACUGAUGUUUUUGCAUUUGGAGUUCUUCUUUUGGAGAUUGUCACUGGUAGAAGGCCUGUUGAUUCAUCCAAACAAAGCCUUCUCUUGUGGGCAAAGCCUCUUAUGGAGUCAGGCGAGAUCGGGCAGCUGGCCGACCCGAGGCUCAAAUGCUACGAUGCCAAGGAGUUGCAAAGAGUCGUGUUGGCUGCUUCUUGCUGCGUUCGACAGUCCUCGGUUGAGCGACCGUCGAUGAGCGAGGUAUUGGAUGUGCUAAAUAAAGGCCAUGAUUCAGAGAUUGCAAAGAGCUUGAGAGCCCCAAAGUUCACCUCUGAUGAUGAUAAUGAACUGGAUGAUUAUUCCAUGAUAUUUGGAUAUGAAGUUCCAAUAGACAUACUUCUUGAGGAUUAUUUAUGAGAUUAUUUAAUAUAUAUAUAUAUAUAUAUAUUAUUGGAAGUGAGAGUUUAAAAUUUUAGCAUUUCAGAAUCUUGUAUUAUUUUAUUCCUCCAAAUUAAGCCUUUAUUUAUGAAGCUUAUUUUUGUUAAA